AUGUUCCUGGUGGACUGGUUCUACGGGGUGCUGGCGUCGCUUGGGCUGUGGCAGAAGGAGGCGAAGAUCCUCUUCCUCGGCCUCGACAACGCCGGCAAGACCACGCUCCUCCACAUGCUCAAGGACGAGAGAUUGGUUCAGCAUCAACCUACACAAUAUCCAACUUCUGAAGAGUUGAGUAUUGGGAAGAUCAAGUUCAAGGCAUUUGAUUUAGGAGGACAUCAGAUUGCUCGUCGUGUUUGGAAGGAUUACUAUGCUAAGGUGGAUGCAGUGGUCUACCUCGUGGAUGCCUAUGACAAGGAGCGGUUUGCUGAGUCAAAGAAGGAGCUAGAUGCGCUCCUUUCAGAUGACUCCCUGGCCACUGUCCCGUUCCUGAUCCUGGGGAACAAGAUCGACAUCCCUUAUGCCGCAUCCGAGGAGGAACUCCGUUACCACAUGGGGCUGAGCAACUUCACCACUGGCAAGGGCAAGGUUAACCUGGGCGACUCCAACGUCCGCCCCCUGGAGGUGUUCAUGUGCAGCGUUGUUCGCAAGAUGGGGUACGGCGAUGGGUUUAAGUGGGUGUCACAGUACAUCAACUAG